AUUCUACUAUAUUAUAUAGUAUUAACUACCUAUUAUGUUUACUCAGAUUUUUUUUAAUAAAUGACAAUUCCACUGUUCACGAAGUGAAAACACAUUUAGGCGUUUGAAAUAUAAUUAAAUAUUUUGUUUCACAAAUAGACAGUACAAUAUCCUCUGAAUAAUGAACGCCAAAAUUGAAGUUGGAAAUUUAGUGGAAAAAUCAAGGUUUCCAAAGACUGUAAAUGAAACACUAGGAAUAAUUGCUUAUUUUCCAUUUGGAGUUGUACUAGUUGUUUUGAGAAUUUUUAUUGCAAUAAAUGCAUUACUUUUAACAGUUAUUUUGAGCAAUUACCCAAACAUCCGCAGACCACUUCUAAGAAUUAUGUCUGGUGUUCUUGGAUUAAUUGUAGUCGAAAAAGAAAAUUCUUCAUCUAAGAACAGCAGAGUGUUGGUUUCAAAUAAUUUGUCAUUGUUUGAUCACAUUGCGUUGCAUUUGACAACAGGAUGUUUUACUCCAACAACUUUAUUCAAUACACCUAUAGCAUUGUAUUUUGGGUUGAUAUCUAUAUUGACUAAUGAUAAUCCUUCAUCGGAGAUCACUGUAUUGAAACAAUUUUUAGCUAACAAUGAUAAAAAAUCGUUGCUCUUAUUUCCAGAAGGAGCUUCUACUAAUGGAAAAUGCGCUUUACUUAAAUUUUCUUAUGUACCAGCCUUAAUAAGUGACAAUUUACAACCAGUAGUCUUAAGAGUUACUCGACCAUCAUUUGUUAAUAUUAAUAUAUCAGUGCUUGGAUCAAACACUAUUUCAGAAGUACUUUGGUUUUUUUUUGUUCCGUUUACUAAAUUUGAGUACAAACUUCUUGAAGUGAUUCAAAGAUCCAAAGACGAAUCUAAUGAAACUUUAAUGUUCAGGGUGGAAAAAGCUAUUUCACAAGACCUCAAUAUAUCUACUUCAAAUAUUACUAAGAAUGCUAAAGAUGAAUAUAAAAAAAUAUAUUUAAUCGAGUUGGCGGAAAAAAAAGCUAAAAAUCAUAAUAGACAUGUAACUCGGGAUAAUUUUGAAGAGGAUCCAGAAAUAUUAAGAAUGGCUGCACAAGUUACUGAUGUUCUUCCAUAUGUUCCCAAAAAUGUCAUUGUUGCUAAUCUUAGGCGAACAAGAAGUGUUGACAUAACAAUAACUAAUAUGCUUGAUGGUACUGUUAAGUUUACUCCAUUGCCACAGUCUUCCAAACCAAAAACAACGACCAAAAAAACGGAACCCAAUAAUUUUGGGGUUGGAUCAUUCUUAGAGAGGAAAACAAAAUUAAUUAAUGAAGCUCGCCAACGAUACAUUAAGAAACAUGGACUUCAUCACUUAGUUUAGUGACUUACACCGAUGUGUAGAUAAUGGCUAAAAAACAUUGGUGUACUUUAUUAUCAUUGUGAACAUUUCCCAAUUUAAUUAAUUUGAACGCUCUUUGUUUACUAUUGUUUUUUUUUCUUAUGGAAAUGGAGCAGGUACUUAUUGGAUAUUAUAAAAGGCGUUUAUCCUUUGUACUAAUAUUAACACAAUUCUUAUUAAAUAAAUAAAUUACUAUAGACAAUAUUUAUGUAUUAUGUUAUUUCCUAUUGAAAUUUUGUUAUACAUUUACUUCUUAAGUAAAAAACAUUUAUGUCAUUUGAUUGUAUUCUUAACAUGUUCAUACAUGAUACAUGUAUAAAUACUAAAUAUAACACGUACACGGAU